UUUUUAUUUGUUGAAACUGAUGACAGUCUGAUUAUUCAUAGCACCAUAUAAAUAACACAUACAAGGAAAAGAAGUAUUCAAGUAAAAAUGCAAAGACUAGAGUCAAAAGAAAACUUUUCGAGAAUGGUUCUUGAACUCUAAAAUGUGAUGAUUUUUACCGUAAAACGAAAAGAAUGCCGAUUCAGGCGCCCAAUUGGACAGAAUAUCUGUCUUGUCCAGUUUGCUGCCAUGAGUUUGCAGCAAAUCUACGUCCUCCUAUAAGUUUGGGAUGUGGUCAUACCAUAUGUCGAACAUGUUUAGCCACGUUACAUAGAAAGCAAUGUCCAUUCGAUCAAACUUUAAUAACAACCGAUUUGGACAAUUUACCCGUCAACUACGCUCUACUGCAGUUGGUUAGUAAUCCAUCACCAACCGCCAAACAUCAUCAUGAUCAUGAAAAUUCGUCGCCUAGUGUCCAGAAACUCAAUCCAAGUGAUCUGACCUGUUACAAUGUGGCCAAAGAAUGCAUCGAACAACUGGCUCUGUAUUUAAAGCCAUUCACCAAUGGCAAUUUGGCCAGUGUGCUGUCACGACCAAUGCAACGUAAGUUGGUUACAUUGGUCAAUUGUCAACUGGUUGAAGAUGAGGGCCGAUCACGAGCAUUGCGAGCUGCUCGGUCAUUGGGCGAACGCACCGUUACUGAACUCAUACUACAACAUCAAAAUCCUCAACAAUUGAGUGCCAAUCUAUGGGCGGCAGUUCGAGCCAGAGGUUGUCAAUUUUUGGGGCCAGCCAUGCAGGAAGAAGUACUUAAAUUGGUUUUAUUAGCAUUGGAAGAUGGAUCGGCUUUGUCUCGAAAGGUACUCGUUAUGUUCGUUGUGCAGCGUUUGGAACCGCACUUUCCACAAGCGUCUAAGACAAGUAUUGGUCAUGUUGUUCAAUUGUUGUACAGAGCCAGCUGUUUCAAGGUUUCAAAACGCGAGGGAGAUUCUUCAUUGAUGCAACUAAAAGAGGAAUUUCGAACCUACGAAGCACUUCGAAGAGAGCAUGAUGCACAAAUAGUACAAAUUGCGACUGAAGCUGGCCUUCGAAUUGCGCCCGAUCAAUGGUCAGCUUUGCUGUAUGGUGAUACUGGACACAAAUCCCACAUGCAAAGUAUUAUCGACAAACUGCAGACCCCACAAUCGUUUGCUCAAUCUGUGCAAGAGUUAGUUAUAGCACUGCAGCGCACUGGAGAUCCAGCUAAUUUGGAUGGGCUUCGAUCAAACUUGAAACAUUUAGCAAAUAUCGAUCCCAGUACCGAAGGCUCUGUUCCAACGUGGGAAGAAGUAGCCGUCAGUUUAGACGCUGUGAAGGAAGUUGUGGUCGGUCUCGUUGAAUUUGUACAACAUCAUGGAAACCGCAAAUUACAAGAGACGUGUCAUUCAAACCAUAAUGCCAAAUAUAAAAUUAGCAUGUGCCGCGACUUAGUAAUGCGAUCCACUUGUCCGCGGGGAACGAAUUGUACGUUCGCUCAUUCCAAGGAAGAAUUGGAAAAAUAUCAAGCAAAAAGUCGAAAGAUCAAUUCAAGAACACCGACCGUACCUGGCAAAGAUGCCGUCAUGGACUAUAUGAGCGAACACAAUUUAAGCAACGCUUCCAGUUCGUUUACCGAUGAGUCUUCACCACGGAGAUUUUCCAAGACCCAACUACCUCCCGCAUUAAUACAACCACAAUUUAUAGACAAACAUAAUGGUCCGAUGCAGCCCUCGCAAAUAUCGAAUGCAAACUUACAUGUUCCAUCGAUGGCUCAUCGUCUACAGUUCGAUAUGUACAGUGGCGGUCCCAUCAACUAUCCACCACCGACAGCACCAACUUCGAUGCAGAACGGUGCAAUUAAUCGUGGCAUGAAUAUACGAAGUCCUCGGCCAGUACCAACACAAAACAUCCAGACGCUUACGUCUCAACCGCCACCACCACCGCAACAAUAUCAACAUAGUCAAGCGCCAAUGUAUUCUCCGAUGCAAAUGAACAACUAUCCACCGCCAGACGUCUUUAAUACCUCAUAUCCCCCACCUAGUGCACAUCCGUUGCAUUAUCAACAUGUGUCGCCAGUGACGGUUCCUACUGAUUUUAACAAUAGCGGCACAUAUUCACUAAAUCCUCGCCAAGCUGACAUGCAACAGAGAAAUACGUUGUGGGAUCAGAAACAACAUCAGCACCAACAGCAGCAGCAACAACAACAGCAGCAGCAGCAACGUCUUAUGGUUCCAAUGCCACCACAACAACAGAGUCAGAUGAAACCUUCAAUUUCGACGAGCAAUUACCAUCCUAAUGCCAUAAAUAUGAACAAUCCGUCUGCAUCGGAAGCUAUACGAAACUUGCAUUCACUCGAGCUGCGUCGCCAAGAAAUUUUAAAGCAACUCGAAAAUAUGCAAAAGCCCGCAAUAACAUCCAUCAAUGGAAAUAAUGUUUACAAACCAAUGACGAGUAAUAACAACAACAACAAUAAAGACGAUCUUUUGUCAAACUAUUGGCCAACGGUUUCAACGACUGCUUCUUUGCCAUCAACGGCAACAGCAAUAGGCAACAAUUUUAAUGUGGACCAAUCGGCAGCGAAUCGAAACACUUAUGACCGAUCAAUUUCCAUACUAACUGAGGACGAUGUAACGAUUCCAUUCGAUUCCAUGCAAACAACCAGCAAUAUCUACGGACCAAUUUCAAGAAUGCCAAAAAUUAACAAUUCUUCCUCAUAUCCAGAAGCUACAAACUCGUUGUUUGGCGAAUCGUCUCGUUCACCCAUAUCACCGCAGUCGAGCACACCAUCGACCACACAUUGGUUACAGCAAUUGCACCAACAAAAGCCGAUCGCAUCCCGUGAAUUAAAUUCAUUUCUCACAUCGGGAGGAGCAUCCGUUUCGUCGCCCAUCGGCUGCAGUAACGGCGUGAAUACGUCGUACGGCAAUGACUAUUCAAAAUUCGGGCCAGAUGCGCUCUAUUAUGCAGAGUCGUCUGGCGAUUUGAAGAUUAACGAUCUGGCGAUUGAACGUAUGGCAAAGUCGGUGGGUGGAAACAGUUUCAAAUUUCCUGGCGACAAAGCAAUGAACAAUGAAAAUCAUAAUCAACUGACCAUGGAAUUGAAAUUGAUUGAAAAGACGUUGCUGGAAAAUGGAAACGAAGACAAGGUCAAUCAAUCAUCUCCAAAUCUUAUUGCCUCAUCAAUAUGGAACAAUAACGAUAUGAAAACACCGGUUACAACCACCACCACCACCAACAACAAUCUACCGAAAGCAAACGCUGCUCAACGGUAUUGGAGCGAUCAAAAAGACAACCGAAAAGACAUUACCGCCGAAGACAAUGAGGUACUUGUGAAAGAUAUGCGCGAAUUAGAGCUUCGCCUCGAGGAGCAACUUGAAGAGCAAGAAGAUCCUUUCGGUCUCAUGUAAGACUGAUUAAUAUUUAUUGUUCCUCCUGCUGAAGAAAAAAAUGAGAAAUGAAUUAGAUGAAAAAAAUGAUGUGCUACGGACAAAGAAGAUGAAGAAGAAGAAGGGAUUACAAUGAAAAUGUUCGUAGAGUCAACAUCAAAAAAUAUAAUACCGAAACUUUUAGGUAAUUUAUUUAAUAUAAUUUUCUAUAUUGCUUACGUGGGACUAGAGUAAUUAUUGAUUCAAUUUAGUGAAGAAGAUGAAGAAGAAGUUUAAACAGAAGAUGAAGAAGUAGAAACAAUUUAGUUUUCUAAUGUAAUGAUAUUUUUUUCCAACGAAAAGAAGAAGCGAAAAAAAGUGAGGAAGAACUUAUUAUCGUUGCCAUGAUUCAGAUUUUGCUACAUUUUGGCUAGCAAUUUAACUGUGUGGUUUCAUGGUUUGAUAGUGAAAGGGAAAAACAAGAAUAACCAACACAAAAAUGUUUAACUUUUGUGUCUUAACCAACUCUAUAUAUUAUAUACACAAACAUAUAUUAUGUUCUAAUACGUUUUAAGUGGAAAAAUGAUGAAGAUAGAAGGAAAGAAGACGAAAAACAAUUGAGUAGAAACAAAACCUAUAUUUUUUUUGUUGCUUUUGUUAAAAGGGGGGGUUGACAACAACAACUAUAUUGUUACGUUUGGUGAUAAAAUAGUCAAAAAAUAAUAUGGAUAGUUUUAUAUUCUAUUAAUUUUUAUUGCGUGUAUUGUUAAAGUUUUUUUUUUUAUUAAUUAUUAUUUUAUCGAUAUACCGUUUUUUGUGUAUGUUUGUAAAAGAUACGGCGAAAAGACGAUAUUUUCUAUAUUAUUUUUUUUUAUUGUGUCUUUAGUUAAAUUGUUAGAGCUGACUAUUGUGCUUCACAGCACAGUCUUUUUAGACAAUACGAAAAUAACAAUUUUUUUGUUCGUUUUUUUUAGAGAGAGAAAAAGAUACCAUGUAUCAAAAUAUUAUCCUGCUCUUGUUUCGGCACAAAGUUUUGUUUACGAUUUAUGAUUUUAAGUUAAUUUUUAACGCUUUUUUUGAUGUACUUUUGAAUUUUUCCAAAUCGUUGCAAUAGAAAUCAAACUAUUUAAUUGUGUCGGAUUAACAUUUUAACUAAAAAAAAACAUAUUGUAUUGUUGAAGACGUUCAAUAAGGUUAAACAAAGAUGAAUUACCACUCAUUAUCACGUGUCGCUAAGAAUAAAAUGUUUUCCUCCUCAUCAAUUUCCAUGUUGUCAAUUAUUUCUGAAAAUUGAUCAGCUCUGUUUCGUCUGUGAUCAUUAAGAAUUUCCAUAAAAAUUGUAAGAAACACUGUCGUAGCGUUAAGCUAAUAUGAUACCACAUCUCUUGGGUUACUAGCACGAAAGUAGAUUAUUGCAAGCUGGAUUAACUUUGUGCAUUCGGUCAAGAAUCGAUCUAUCCAUUUCCACUAAGCUGACGAUCGUGCUAGUUACUCAACAGCUGUGCUGCUGUCAAGGCGAUUGAUAUAGAGUUACUGAAUGUCGAGACCAUUCAACGUCCGACUUCCUAAUUUUUACACAUAAUUCCAAAUAUAAAUCGCUUAUUAACCUGAGUAAGAAAUUACUGAGUAUUGGGUUUCUGUAAUCUUUUCGGUAAAAUUUUUCAACUGAUUUCACUUAAGUCCAUGGAUACCACUGAGUGAACUGGAAAUUCGAGCAGGUCGUUGUUCGAACUAUCGAGAAAUGUAACUUUCCUGAAAGGUAUCAGUGGUAAAUGUGCUAAAGAUAUCCGUUGUAAAUGGUAUAAUGACAGUGCAACUUUUGACUGGUUGUCCCUUUUCGUUUUUUAUUAGUCUGUGUCAGCAAUUCCUAUUAAAAUGUGGGAUAUUAGUCUCGUGUUGAAUUUUCUAGCAGUUUUAAACCUGCGAAUGAUAAGAAAUCGGUCCGUAAAAUCUCAAGAAGACAGAGACAUCGAGUAUUUUGGUUUCUUAUUAAGUUAUCGCUAAAACUUUGUAAAAUUACAAAGGUCACAAAGUCUCUGAAACAAUCUAUCGACACCAAGUUAACCUUUUAACGUCUCCCAGCAAUAAAUAUUGGAACAAAACGAGUGAACGAGCAUGCAACAAGAACUACACCAUUUUAAUUUAACUGCUAGAUUGCUUCAUUUUAAAAACGCAAUUUAAUUGAUACUGUGGUAUUAUUGAUUACAUUUUUAAUUUAAAUAUUAUUUUUUUAGUUGACUUAAACGAUUGUUUGUAACUUAUUUUACAAUUAAAUUAAAUUAUGUAGUCGAAUUCAGUUAUACAAUAUGCUGUGUGUAAAGUCCUUGGAUUUUUAUUUUUUAUUUUAUAAAAACAAAAGAGAAUUUUUGCUUUUAUUAUUUAAUUAGUUGAUUGAUGGCAAAAGAUUAAUUGGGCUGUAAAAAAUCACAGUAUGCCCUCGACAAAAACAAACAAACCAAUAUUAUUUCAAAUUUAUUACCGUUUUAAAGUUAAAUCAAUUUUAUAAAUCAA